UGGUCAGGAUGUCGGCCGCAGCUGUAUUUUGGUCUCCAUCAGAGGUAAAAACAUUAUGCUUGACUGCGGCAUGCAUAUGGGCUAUAACGACGAUAGACGUUUCCCAGAUUUCAGUUACAUUACUCAAAACGGUCGCCUCACUGAGUUCUUGGACUGUGUUAUUAUAAGUGCAUUGAAAAGUUACAGCAUCCAGCACGUCCCAGACGGCACCGUCAUCGUGGAAUCCAUUGUUAUUAAAGUGACGUCCUCGGCCGAGGUGCCCAACCUCAAAGUCAUUCUGCUCUCCUGGAGCUAUCAGGAUGAAGAAUUGGGCAGUUUCUUGUCUACGUUGUUGAAGAAACGUCUGCCUUCGUGACUGGUGACACUUGAUGACAUUUGAUGUUUGUCGUUGGUUAAAAAAAUAACAAU